AGUGACAGUGCAAGCGAACAGGCCAGCAGCCAUCCAUCUGUGUCCCCGUACAGAGAGACGCAGAGCAAUCUCAGCAUCCCAAAAUUCCAAGCUGCCAACACAGAGGAAGCACAAUAUUACAAAAAUGUGUUGUUGGCCAUGGAGAAAUGGUUCAGCCUUUUUGGUUGGCCGAAUGGACCACAUCCCAUCACUAUACCCCACACUCUCAGAAGAUUCCUGGCAUUAGCCUCUGUCAGACUUUUUCCAUUGAAUGAAUUACAACAUGGCCUCAACUACAACAGUUCUGAUUACGAGUUUCUCAGCAAACGCUCCUGGACCGAUGUGCUUCUACAGAUAUACAAGACUCUGGCGAGUAACAUCUAUUCUUCCUGGGAGCUCAAACUGCUCACAUGGCUCAACAUACACUACCAGAGCAUGAGGAAGACUGUGUGGGGCAGAGAUGGUGUCCCGCCGGCCCGCUGGAUUGUGAACUUUGCCUUGGAUUUAACAGAUGGACUGGUGCUAGCUGCUUUGCUUGCUGCAUACUGCCCUUUUCUGGUGUGUUUGUCUGUGCGUCAUAUUGUUCAGACUCUGAAAAUCAAAAGCCACUUCCAAAGGAUUUACACAAAACCUAACAGCCUGGAGCAGAUCCUUCACAACAACAUUAUUGUGGUUCAGGCUUUAACUUUGCUUUGUCUCAACUUAAACAUG